AUGGCGCCUCUGGAAGAUGUCCAGAUCGGGGACACGGUGAAUGUCCCCGGGGGGAUGUAUGGAACGGUCAAAUACUUGGGAACUGUUGCCGGUAAACCAGGCAAGUUUGCUGGGAUUGAGCUGGCGUCGGAACAUGCCAGGCGAGGGAAGAACAGUGGUGACGUGGAAGGCAGGAAGUACUUUUCGACGUCCAAUCCGGGAUCUGGCAUAUUUGUGCCGAUGAACAAUAGCAAAUAUGUCACCAAACGAGCCUUCUCUGCCAGUGUAGCGGGCGGCGUCCCGCCAACACCAGCACGGCCCGCCGUUAACUUCAGCAAAUCUGUCGGUCCCAGUCCCGCUACGCGUCGUCCACAAGUGAGGCGUCCUUCUUUGCCUCGUCCAGAAUCCCCGCAAAGACAGACCCCGACCCCGUCCAAGUUGAGUCUGAGUGGACUGCGCACACCGUCCGGCACCGCACGCCCUGUUCCCAGUCCCAAUGGCUUCCCCCGCAGUCCGAUUAAACCCCCGUCGCGCAUGUCCGAAAGACCGCCCUCUCGCGUCAGUACAGAAGAUGAUAUCUCGUCUGUCUCUGUAAGAACCUCGGAUAUGCACCAGCGGGAUUCUAUGUCUACGGAGAUACAAGAUCUGAAAGAUAAUGUGAAGAGCUUGGAGAAACAACUACUGGAGCGGGACAAGCAGCUCGGUGAGCAAUCAAAUCUGCUGUCUGAGUUCCAAAGCACCUUAGAAGAAUUGGAAGGAUCAGACGGUCUCUCGAUCCGUAAUCAACUGCGCGAGAAGAACGAAAGGAUCGCGCAAUUGACACAAGAAUUCGAUCUGCACCGGGCGGAUUUCCGCAGCACCCUUGACACGUUGGAAAUUGCCGCUUCUGAGACAGAGCGGGUCUACGAGCAGCGUCUUGAAGAAUUACUGCAACAACAUAGAGAACUGCAGGAACGUGACGAGGACGUCGAAGCCGUUGCGCAACAACUGAAGCAGCUUGAAGAACUGGUAUCCGAAUUGGAGGAGGGUCUUGAAGAUGCAAGGCGUGGGGAGGCCGAAGCAAGAGCCGAGGUUGAAUUUUUGCGAGGUGAGGUGGAACGGACCAAGCUUGAGCUAGAUAAGGAGCGCGGGAACUCUUCAGGAACGCACAGCACGCAGUCGCCAGCAGAUGGAUCUUGGCCUUCCAAGGAACUGGACCAGAAGGAUGACGAGAUUCGCGGUCUUAAAGCCAUCAUCCACUCGUUGAGCAGAGGCGAUCCCAACCUGUCGGCUUUACAGUUGAAUAGCGGUGCGUCGCAGGAUUCGGGGCAUCUUGCGACCCUAGAACAACGUCUUCAAGAGUUUGAGGAUAUGGAUGACAAGAAGACUUCCCGUCUCGAAGAAUUGGAGCGCGAGCUUCACCAACUGGAGCUGAACGAAAACAGCCGUUCUCGCAGUGGAACGAUUACGGCCGCGCCUCAGGCACAGCACAAACCCUCCAGUUCCACCGGGAAUAUUGGAAUUGCGAACACUGUGAAUCACGCUCAUCGUCUUUCUGACCGCACAGUGGUGCCCAAUGAGUCUCAAGAUCAUGACGGUCAGCAUCCCUUCUACGCUCACCACCGCACUGCUUCUGAGAGCUCCCGUCGCCAAUUGGAGACUAUGCACGAGUCUGACACUGAUACCCAGUCAGAUGACGGCAGUGCAUUAUGGUGCGAGAUAUGCGAGGCCAACGGCCAUGACAUUCUAAGUUGCACUAGCAUGUUUGGUAACAACGCCAAAAAGAACCCAGCAUCGAAACAACAACCCCCCGACAACGAAAAGCCACCCGAGGAUGAGAACAAGCCUACGCCAGAAUCCAUCAGCAGCCAUGGUGAACCCACCGGUUCCCAGAAGACCGGCCGUGACGCUGUCCUGGAAGGAUUGAAGGGAAUCAGCAGCGGAGUGAACUCGUCCCUGCCAGCCGUUGCGGGCAAGUCGUCCGGGGUGAUUGACGGGUCGAAGUGGUGUGCUCUCUGUGAGCGAGAUGGACACGAAAAGGGCAUCUACUCCGGAAACCUACUCGGCUGCACAACCUCUCCCUCCCCAAACCUCACAUCCGCAACCUUCCCACACCCCUCACAUCUCCUCUUCUCCUCAUCCCUCUCAAACUCUUGCACAACAGCCUUAACCUGCGUCCCCAAAUCCGUACAGACAAAGCUCUUCUCCCAAACAGCACCCCCACACCCCCGACAAUACCACCGCAUCGUAUCCAGCGCACCCUCUGGCCGUGGCGCCUCCAGCACCACACCGAUCGUAUCCUUGAACCUCACGGGGCAGUGCGGGGUGUUUGGCGGGAGGAGGAAGAUCGAGCCUUCGUGGAUGGGGAUGUCCUGGGGAGUUGGUGCCAAUAUGACGACCUCCCAACCACCGAUCAGGUUUACCGGCCAUAAAAAUUUCCCAUACCGUCUCGUCCUCUCGACAUUGACAGGCCGUACGGUCCAUAUCUCCCAAAUCCGUUCUUCGUCGCCUACAAACCCUGGAUUGGCGCAACACGAGAUUUCCUUCCUCCGUCUUCUCGAGUCCGUAACCAAUGGUUCGCAAAUGGAAAUCUCGUACACCGGUACGAUCAUCGUCUACAAGCCGGGUUUAAUUACAGGAAGCGCUGCCGGUGCUGGAGCGAGCAGUGGAGGUGCACCAAUUAAGAUCCUUUUUACCGGUCCCGGAGUGAUUACUUCUUCCACCCCGACGGGUGACAUGUCGGUUGACAGCGUUCGGACCGCUAUCCUUCCGCUUUACAACCAAUUUGGAAUCUUCAACAACAUUGAGCUUCGUGUCUUGCGCAGGUCGAACCCGGGUCCCAAUGGCAGGGGUGGUGGUGGAGAAGUGCAGCUGGUCUUUGGUCACCAAGUUCGACUUCCCAAGACUCUGCAUCUGUUGAAUGGUGGCAGGAUCAAGCGUAUUCGUGGUGUAGCCUAUUCCGUCGGUGUUUCUGGCUCGAAUAAUGCCCGAAUGAUUGAAACCGCCCGUGGAGUUCUGAAUCCUCUCUGUCCUGACACCUACGUAUUUUCUGACAUGUCGCCUGCUCCGUUGGUGCCUGCACCUGAGCGAACCAACCCCUCCGCAAAGAAGAAGAUCGGUCUUGGAUUUGGACUGUCGCUAGUCGCAGAGUCUUCAACCGGAUGCUUAUUUUCUGCUGAUGUGGCAUCUCCGCCUGAGGGUGGUCAACCACCAGAGGACAUCGGAAAGCAGUGUGCUUACCAGCUACUCGAAACCGUCUCCAAGGGCGGCUGCGUCGCACCGCCUGCCGUCGCAACCAUGUUGACCCUCAUGACGAUGGGAUCUGAGGAUGUUGGCCGAAUUCAAAUCGGUCGGGAUGUGAUUGCUGACGAGAACACGGUACAACUCGCCAGAGAUCUGGCCAAGAUCGGUGCCCCAGGCUGGGGUCUUCGUGACGCAGGGGAAAAUGAAAAUGGCGACGUCAUUGUUAGUGUUGUUGGUCGUGGUAUCGGCAAUGUUGGACGUAAGGUUGCUUGA